CCCAUCCCCUCACGAGCCCCUCCCCGUGUGGGAGUUCCUCCGAGAGAACCAAUCUUCCGGGUGGAGGGGGAAGCGGCGUGACUGGAGUGGAAAUUUUUUUCCAACACAACUUCGCAGCUGCAAUUGAUUGAAAGGAGCGCAAGAAAGCCAGGGUAUAAACUGAGAUGACAGGCUAAAACUGCUACUCUUCUUCCGAACUUUUUAACCACUCGACUUACACGAGCCCAAUCGCCUUUUCCACCCCUUCGUCUUGGUACGGCCCUUGGAGUACGGAGCCUGCAGAGGGUCCCACGCUGGAAGACAGUGCCGAGGAGUCGGAAGAGACAUUAGAGGUCACCCAAAGCAGCCGUCCCCUGUGCAGCCUCUCUGACAAGUGGAAGAAAAUAUAUCAAACUUUAACCUAGCCUUCAAGGGCCCUGGUGAUCUGGCCACUGCAUCCUCCUCCAACCUCAUCUCCCACACCUCUCACACUGGACACCAGCGACAUUGGCCUUUCAAUGCACCAAACUGAACAUUCUUCACGAUCCGAAAGGAAAAGAAGAGACUCUUUCGGGAUGUUUGACGGUUAUGAUAGCUGCAGUGAGGACACGAGUAGCAGCUCCAGCUCUGAGGAGAGUGAAGAGGAAGUUGCUCCUUUACCUUCUAAUCUGCCAAUUAUCAAAAACAAUGGCCAAGUGUACACAUACCCAGAUGGUAAAUCUGGCAUGGCUACCUGCGAAAUGUGUGGGAUGGUUGGUGUGCGAGAUGCUUUUUACUCUAAAACAAAACGUUUCUGCAGUGUUUCAUGUUCAAGAAGUUACUCGUCAAACUCCAAGAAGGCAAGCAUUUUGGCCAGACUUCAGGUAACGGGUAAGCCUCCAACAAAGAAAGCAAAAGUUCUUCAGAAACAACCUUUAGUUGCUAAACUAGCUGCAUAUGCUCAGUAUCAAGCUACCUUGCAAAAUCAAGCAAAGACUAAAUCAGUAGCAGUCUCCAUGGAAGGUUUCAGCUGGGGUAACUACAUCAAUAGCAAUAGCUUUAUAGCAGCUCCAGUUACCUGCUUUAAACAUGCACCUAUGGGGACCUGCUGGGGUGAUAUCUCAGAAAAUGUGAGAGUAGAAGUUCCCAAUACAGACUGCAGCCUACCUACCAAAGUCUUCUGGAUUGCUGGGAUUGUAAAAUUAGCAGGCUACAAUGCCCUUUUAAGAUAUGAAGGAUUCGAAAAUGACUCUGGUCUGGACUUCUGGUGCAAUAUAUGUGGUUCUGAUAUCCAUCCAGUUGGUUGGUGUGCAGCCAGUGGAAAACCUCUUGUCCCUCCUAGAACUAUUCAGCAUAAGUAUACAAACUGGAAAGCUUUUCUAGUGAAACGACUUACUGGUGCCAAAACACUUCCUCCCGAUUUCUCACAAAAGGUUUCAGAGAGCAUGCAGUAUCCUUUCAAACCUUGCAUGAGAGUAGAAGUGGUUGACAAGAGGCAUUUGUGUCGAACACGAGUGGCAGUGGUGGAAAGUGUAAUUGGAGGAAGAUUAAGACUAGUGUAUGAAGAGAGUGAAGAUAGAACAGAUGACUUCUGGUGCCAUAUGCACAGCCCAUUAAUCCAUCAUAUCGGUUGGUCUCGAAGCAUAGGCCAUCGAUUCAAAAGAUCUGAUAUUACAAAGAAACAGGAUGGACAUUUUGAUACACCACCACAUUUAUUUGCUAAGGUAAAAGAAGUAGACCAGAGUGGGGAAUGGUUCAAGGAAGGAAUGAAAUUGGAAGCUAUAGACCCAUUAAAUCUUUCCACAAUAUGUGUUGCGACGAUUAGAAAGGUGCUGGCUGAUGGAUUCCUGAUGAUUGGGAUCGAUGGCUCAGAAGCAGCAGAUGGAUCUGACUGGUUCUGUUAUCAUGCAACCUCCCCUUCUAUUUUCCCUGUUGGUUUCUGUGAAAUUAACAUGAUUGAACUUACUCCACCCAGAGGUUACACAAAACUUCCUUUUAAAUGGUUUGACUACCUCAGGGAAACUGGCUCCAUUGCAGCACCAGUAAAACUAUUUAAUAAGGAUGUUCCAAAUCACGGAUUUCGUGUAGGAAUGAAAUUAGAAGCAGUAGAUCUCAUGGAGCCACGAUUAAUAUGUGUAGCCACAGUAACUCGAAUUAUUCAUCGUCUCUUGAGGAUACAUUUUGAUGGAUGGGAAGAAGAAUAUGAUCAGUGGGUAGACUGUGAGUCCCCUGACCUCUAUCCUGUAGGGUGGUGUCAAUUAACUGGAUAUCAACUACAGCCUCCAGCAUCACAGUCAUCAAGAGAAAGCCAAUCAGGUUCAUCAAAACAGAAGAAAAAGGCUAAGUCCCAGCAAUACAAAGGACAUAAGAAAAUGACUACAUUGCAGCUGAAGGAGGAGUUGAUAGAUGGAGAGGAUUAUAAUUUCCUCCAAGGAGCAUCUGAUCAGGAAAGCAAUGGCUCUGCCAACUUCUACAUCAAACAAGAGCCCUGAGGUUGCUCAGAAACUGAGGGUGGGAGGGAAAGAAUUUUACACAGGACUGAUUUAUAAUCAAUCCAGCUGUACAGCGGGGCUAUUCUACUGGGACAUUUUGCUAAACAUAGAAAAUUUCAGUUCCAGAUUUUUCAAGUGGGUAGGGAAACUAUUUUAGCUGUGGGGGGAAAUUUUUCAAUUUAUAAAGAUGGACAAUUUUUGUGUUGUAUUUGAAGCUUUUGAAAGAAUUUUGUAAUAUUUUCCAAGUUUGGAUUUAUGUGCAUUGUUAACAAGAACUGAAAUUCUAACUUUUUUGGUAAGAUUAAAGUUUAGGUAGCAGGAUUGAAGGAAAUGAUUUAAGAAGGAUAUAGUUGUAAAUGCAAAUGAACUGUCAUUACAAAUGAACCUUUUUGGUACCUGUUGGGAGAUUUUGGGAUUUUGGAAGUUAGGCCAGUCACAUCUCCAGCUUCCUCUGCUGCAGAAUAUGCAACUGAACAUCCCCCCCAUCCCCGCCCCAUGGAGAGCUCAUCACCACAUAGUUCACGGAAGGGUAAUUAAUUCUGCUUGUUGGCAUUUUAUUGCAGCCCAUUUUAAAUAUUUGUACAGAAAUGUUUUUCAUUCUGUGAAAAUUUCUUUGGAGUUCUGUAUGAAACUGGAAGAACUCUGGAUACUUUUAUAUGUUCUCUUUUAAUUAAAAAAUGAGUAAAAUUAUCCUAACACUAAAGUGUUAAACUGGAAUGGUUGACAAGAUAUACAAGAUCUCAGUCUACAUGUUGAGGGGUUGGGGAAAAUGCAAUAUUGUCCUAAGUUUAUUUUAUUUUCCUUACUAAAAAAUACCCCACAAAAGGGAUUCUCAUCAGUUCUCUGCCAUUUCUCUCCAUCUGUGAGAUAAUACUUGGUAUAACCACACCCCAAAACACAUGUUCUGUAUUACCAGGAGAAUCAAAUUAACAGUUGUUUAAAGCCAAAAUAAGUUUAGAUUUCAAAAUCAUUCCAGCUCUGCUUUUAACUAUCCUGGAUUUGUUAGAAAACUAAUUUGAAAGAGAAUUUAAUUUUCUUAAAAUUUAAAGACAAUUCAUACUAAUUAUAUGUAUUAUAUAUAAUUAGUAUGAAUUGUCUUUAACUCUAUUCAGAAUUAAUUUUAACAGUAAUAACGGAUUUGGACCAUUUUGAACAUUCCCUAUUUUAAAAUUCACAUGGCUUCCUUUGAAAAAAGGAUAUAAGGGUAAAUUGGUGAAAGGUUUGCUCUCUGCAUUUUUUGACUUUCUGAGUUGUGACUGAAUGCGAGAGCUUUAGCAUUUACCAGUGAGGUUCAUAAACUAAACUCUCAGGAAUUACUUGCAUCUGUUCUAGAAGUGCUUCUGGGUCUUAGCCUGGCCUCUUCAGAGUGGUAAUAUUGACCAUCUCCUCUGGAAUAUAGGUAGGGCUAAUUAGAAAUUAAUCAAAAUGAUUAACCUCUACAGUCCUUCAGCCUAUGGAAUGCUUUAAAAAAUGUUAAUGGAAAGCCCCAGGAGACCAUUUUAGGUAAGAUUUUUUUGUUUGCAUUUUAAAAUGCAUAGAACAUUAAAAACCAGCAAUUUAUUUUCUAAAAUAUUGCUCUACUUUUGGGAAUAAUAGCAUUGGUAAUAUGCACAGGUUUACCUCAUUCUAUGCAAGAGGGGUUAAUAUCAUAAGGUUUUGUAGUUGCUACUGGAAGUAAAAUUUGUUACUUUAUAGUGUAAGAAUGUAUGGAAUCGCAUGUCAACAUUUCUUAAUACUGACUCUUUAGGGGCAUAAAUGCAGAUCAUAUCAAUGCCAAGUUGAUUCUCAUGUGUCAGAUAUAUGUGAAUUCAGCUGUUAAAUUACUGGAUAUUUAUCUACAACAUUACUGAGAGGGACCUACUGUAAAUGUGACAUCCUCACACUUCCCAAAUCUUUAACUUUUAAGAAUCUUCCUGUAAACUUAAAGCCUGGAAGACUUCCAAAAAGCAAGGGUUACAACAAUCUUUAUUCUCAGGCUUAUUGAAUUGAACCCAGGACUCCGAUUCCAUGAUAAUGGGCACAAGAAGCCAGUUGUAUCGUGUGCUCUAACAGUACCCUGGGCUUAGGGGCUCUAUAGGGAACUGAAUAAACCAGGAGGGAUUUGAUUUGGAGCCUGGUAAUUAGUUCUGUGAAAUGCUCACGUGUAGCCAGGUUUUAUAAGCUUCCAGUUCUACAGCAAAGCCAGGCUCCUUGAGUGUUUUCAGAUUUCCCACCUAUUUAUGAAGUGUUUCGUAUCUUAAUCCCAUGACCAACGUUAAAUGUUGGUAAGGACUUCCUACUGAAUAAACACAAUCUGAAGCCCUCUUCAUUGUUCAGACUAACUCCCUGCUGCCGAUGAACAGCAAAUGAGUUGAUGCAGAGGAGAUUUAUGUCUUAGCCACAGCUCCAAGUGUACAACUCAGUAGCCCCAUUCUCUUCUACGGUUCAAAUGUACUGCUGACCUUGGGUUUGUUUUGUUUUUUUCCUGUUAGGAUUAUUUGGGGAUUUUUGGUAGUUUAAACUCUUUAACCUUUUCCUUGCUGUGUAUGAGGAAAGCUAAAGCUGUUAUCAACUUCUUAUUCUACGGAUACUAACACGGGUUUUCAGUGUUUGUUUGUUUUUAUUAUUAUUAAUUUUGUGUGAUGUGAAUACCCUCUCCCGUCAAUAUUUGUAUUAUGGUGCUAUAUAUUUGGUAAUGAUCCUUUACUAUUGGGAAGGGAUUUUUAAAAUACUGUGAUUAAACUGGGUUUCUUCCUUUGAUUUUCAUAUUUUAAAUAAAGCCACAGUCAUUUAUACAAAAGAAAAGUAUCUGUCCCUGGGCAAAUCUUUUGAGGACAGAGGUCAAAGUAAACUGCAUAAGGUUUUUACAUCAUUUCUGUAUGUAUUUGAUAAAUAGAUCAAUAUCUGUACAAAUUUAAUCUUUUAUUUUCUUGGUAACUUGUGAUCAUUGAGAAAGUGUUUGAAACUUUCUCGUAAAGUGUAUAUAAUGGCGUGAAAAAUUCCUUUGGAGAAACUUAUGUUCCUUUCAUUUUUACCAAAUUGCAAAUUUUCAGCAUGGAUGUGAAAAGCAUUAAAAUUAUAACUUUGUGUACAAGAUGAAAAUAAUUCACUAAA